GACAGUUCUGCAUUCGCAAGAAAAACAACAAACCCUCGCAGAGCAGCAAGUUUCGCCCGACGGUGUGGAUUGUGGUGCGCGAAAUUCGACCGCUCCUGAGAAAACAAGAUGAGCCAGCAGGAAAAGGCGGCCCGGCGUGCGGCCCUACGCAACGAGUACUGGCGCACGAUGACCAACCCGCACAACCAUCUGCGCGGCGAGAGCGGUGGUGUGUUCGACACUGGCCUAGCCCGGUUCCAGGCGAUGCGCGUUAACCAUUACGAGCACUUCAAGCCGACCGGCCGCUCGUUCAAGAUUGGACUGUUUACCGUCGUCAUCCCGAUCAUUGUGUACGCGAAAAUGAUGAAGAACGAGCGCGACCAGCGGGAACAGCAGUACCGCACCGGUCAGGUGGCGUACGCCGACCGUCGCUUCAAGUUCAUCUAAGUGAAUGCGCUGCUUGUUGUUGGCUUUGUUCUGGCGGGCCGAGACCGUCUAUGGUCGUUGUGCGUAGAAGCUGUGAAAUAAACGGUGUAUAAAGGGAGCUACGAACGAA